CAGCCCUGGCCCCUGGCUACUUAAGGACUCCAGAGCCAGGCCAUGUUGUCACAGUCCCCACUCACCUACGGAGCAUCCAAGAUGGAGGCUGGGACUGGGCCUCUGCUCUCUACACUACUGGGGCUACUGCUCCUGUCAAUGCCAGGGACUCGGGGUGUCAACCCCGCCCUGGUGGCCAGGAUCACCGACAAGGGCUUGGAGUACGCGGCCAAGGAAGGACUGUUGGCUCUGCAGAGGGAGCUGCUCAAGAUCACACUGCCUGACUUCACUGGGGACUUCAAGAUCAAGGCUGUGGGCCGUGGGCGUUACGAAUUUCAUAGCCUGGAGGUCCAGACCUGUGAGCUGCGUGGCUCCUCCUUGAAGCCCCUCCCAGGCCAGGGCCUGAGUCUUGCCAUCUCUGACUCUUCCAUUGGGGUCCGAGGCAAGUGGAAAGCACGCAAGGCCUUCGUGAAACUUCACGGCUCCUUUGACCUGGAUGUCACAGGUCUCACCAUUUCAGUGGACCUCCUCCUGGGCAGCGAUCCUUCGGGGCGGCCCACGGUCACCGCCUCCGGGUGCAGCAGCCGCAUCUGCGAUUUGGAUGUGCACGUUUCAGGAAAUGUGGGGUGGCUGCUGAAUCUCUUCCACAACCAGAUAGAGUCCAAGCUUCAAAAAGUAUUGGAGAACAAGAUUUGUGAGAUGAUCCAGCAGUCCGUGACCUCUGACCUGCAGCCUUAUCUCCAAACUCUUCCAGUCACAGCAGAGAUUGACGAUAUCCUGGGCAUCGACUACAGUUUGGUGGCGGCUCCCCAGGCAAAGGCCCAGGUGCUGGAUGUGAUGUUUAAGGGUGAAAUUUUUAAUCGGAAUCACCGCUCCCGGGCUGCCUUACCCACUCCGGCCAUGAACCUACCUGAAGUCAGUAAACAAAUGGCCUACUUUGCCAUCUCCGAUCAGGCCUUCAACAUAGCCAGUCGGGUUUAUCACCAGGCUGGGUACCUGAACUUCUCCAUCACAGAUAACAUGUUACCGCCUGACUCUAACAUCCGGCUGAACACCAAGGCCUUCCGCCCUUUCACUCCCCAGAUAACCCGAAGAUACCCCGACAUGAACAUCGAGCUACUUGGAACAGUGGUCUCUGCCCCGAUCCUGCGUGUCAGCCCUGGGAACCUAUCCUUGGUCCCCCAGAUGGAGAUUAAAGGCUUUGUGGUCCUGCCCAGCUCCGCCCGGGAGCCUGUCUUCCAGCUUGGAGUGGUCACUAACGUAUUUGCCUCGCUGACCUUCAACAACACCAAGGUCACCGGGAUGCUUCAUCCAGAGAAGGCACAAGUGACGCUGAUAGAAUCCAAAGUUGGCAUAUUCAAUGUGAAACUGUUUCAGGCAUUCCUAAACCACUAUCUUCUCAACACCCUCUAUCCUGAAGUUAAUGAUGAGCUGGCCAAGGGAUUCCCUCUCCCUCUGCCAAGAAGUAUUCAACUCCAGGACCUUGACCUCCAGAUCCACAAGGACUUCCUAUACUUGGGUGCCAAUGUCCAGUACAUGAGAGUCUGAGGACAAGAAGAAAGAUGGGCUCCAGAGGCCACAGCUGGACCUGCCACUUGUAAUUCCAAAUGUGUAGCGCAUCUCUAGAGAGUCUCAAAACACAAAGGUGUUUCUGUUCCUGGCUCUGGUGGGCCCUGCCCCCACAGUCCUCUUCACUAGGUCUACCCUCUUGACCUGGACUUGACUCUCUCCUCCAGGAAGGACUCUCUCCCUCCACUGAACUGAGAUAGCUUUCAAAGCAGGCCUUGUGGUUUUCAAGUCAUCAUCUGAUCUUCAAGUCUGGCAGAGUGCUAGCACUUAG